AUGCACACAAAACCAAAGCAUAGCACAACAGCUGUAGAUCAAGUACUGAAGACCAACUUCUUUAGGAUUGAUAUCAAAGAUGGUAAGAAGAAGCAAACAGUUUACAAGUACAACCUACUUUUUGACCCAGAGAUUCCUGAAGAUUCAAACAAGAUCAAGAUGAGAGUACAUAGAACUAUCCGUGAGGAUCUACAGAAGAACAUUGGCGAGAAUAUGUACAUUGGAAACUGUCUUUAUGCCCUUAGCCAGAAGGAAGAGAGCUUUAAUCUCAUCGGAAAGUUUCAAGAAAUCGAGUACAGGUGCACUGUAAAACCAGUUUCUAUUCUAUCAGAAAAUGAUCCAGAAAGAUACAUGCUGAUUAAAGUUCUUUUUAACGGACUUCUCAAGAGACUCUGUCUCGAGAAUAUUGGAAGGAACUACUUUUGUAUGGAUAAGGCUGAGAAGGUAUUCUCCCAUAAUGCCUCUGUCAUUCCAGGGUAUGCCUCUGGACUGAAAUGCGCCCAAGAUGGAAUUAUCAUCAACAUCGAUGUUUCCCACAGAGUCCUCAGACACGAUACUGUCAUAGACUUUAUGAGUAAACUAAGAGGACACAGGGAUGAAAGAACCAAGGAAAUUAUCGGAAGAACUGUUAUGACUAUCUACAACAAAAAGACUUAUAGAGUCACUGAUGUCGAUUACACUUCUGGCCCUACUUCUUGCUUCGAGGAUAAGCAAGGAAAUAAGAUCAAAUAUACUGAUUAUUACAAGGAAAAAUACGGAAAGACAAUCAAAAACGAGAGCCAACCUCUUUUGAUUCAUGAGAAUCCAAAGAACAAGCAGAAGAUAAUCCUGAUUCCUGAACUCUGUGCGAUGACAGGGAUCAGUGAUGACAUGAGAAAGGACUUCAGAUUCAUGAAGGACCUUGCUAAGAAGACUAAUGUUAAUGCCACCAAGAGAUAUAAGGAAUGUGCUAAGUUGUUCACUAUUAUCAAGGAAAACGAAAAAUGCAAGGAACAGCUCAAGAAAUGGAACUUAGACCUCAACAAUACUGGAGUUGAUGUCAAAGCAAAAUUAUACCAAAGUGGAAGUCUCGUGAUGGGAGGUGAGAAUUACAUCGAUCCAAACUCAGCAGACAUCGAUAGGAAGAUCCAGGCAAGAAUGUUGGAGCAGCCAAAGCUACAAACUUGGGGUAUUUUCUAUUUAGAAAAGGAUCAGAGAAUUUUGAGUAAAUUCAAAGAGAAUUUCCAAAAGAGUAUUAAAUUAUUUGGAUACAACUGUGAACCACCUGCAGUUUUCGGGGUCAAAUCUCCAAGAUUUGAAGACUGGAAAAAUAUCCUUGCCAAGAAUUUGAACAAAAGAGUGAAGAUGAUAGUUCUCUUACUCCCAGGAAGCAAGAACAACAACCCAAUCUAUCAUGAUAUCAAAGAAUUGUUGUUAAACAAGUAUCCAGUUCCUUCUCAAGUUGUGCUUUCUAGCACGAUCGGUAAAGGAAAGAACCUUAUUUCCAUUUGCAAUAAGAUCUUGAUCCAAAUGUGUGCAAAGAUUGGUGGAGUCCCAUGGACUGUAAGCGAUAUCCCAUGUGUUCAGGAAGGAACCAUGGUCUGCGGGUUAGGAGUUCAGGAAGUUAAAAACAAGAAUAUGUCAGGGGUUUUGGGAUUCACUAGUUCAAAAGACAAAGGUUGUACAAAAUACUUCUCAACAUCAAAGAUUCUUGAUGCUAAUGCUGGAAGAGAUAAUAGUGAAAACAUUGCCAAUAUUGUAAAAGACAUCAUGAAAACUGCUCUCGAGCAGUAUAAGAAAGAAACAGGAGAUUAUCCCAAGAAUGUUAUCGUUUAUAGAGAAGGAGCCAACGAGUCUAGGAAAGAACUUAUUACCAUGUUUGAAGUUACCGGAGUGAAACAGGUUUUCAAAAGUCUUGACAUAGAUGCUAAGUUAGCAUAUUUACUUGUCUGUAAAAGAGUAAAUGUAAAACUCUUCAGAGAAUCUCGCGGUGGAUUUGAAAACAGUCAUCCAGGUACAGUCGUUAACAGCGGAAUUACAGAAGAUGAAAAGGAAUUCUUUUUGAUCAGCCAGAAAACUCUUCAAGGAACAGCUACCCCAACUCAUUAUAUUAACUGCUAUGACGACACAAGUAUAACUCCAGCUGAGAUUCAUGAACUAACCUACAAGUUAUGCUUUACCUAUUUUAAUGUUAGUGGUUCUAUCAGAGUGCCAUCCCUUGUCCAGUAUGCCACCAGAUUCUCUGAUUUGAUGAUGAAUGUAAGCAAGCCAACCAAGAACAGAGCUUCUUUCCAGAAGGUAACCCUGCAUAAGCACUUGGAAGAUAAUGUGUCUACCCUGUACUACAUCUAAUCGCUAAUUUCGUUCUUAAAUUGACAAAAA